AUGGUGACAGGUGGACAGAUGGGUACUGAAAAGAACCAGAAGCUGAUUGAAGAAGACAACCAAGACUCAGGCGAGGGUGGAGGCAUAGAAGGAGCACGACACCAGAUUGACUGUCAGGACCUGAGAAAAUCCUGGGUCACCUGCCAGGCUUACAUUCAGAUACCCAGAGUCAACAUCAUGAAGCAGUUGUUUCUCCAGUUGCUGAUACUUCUCUGCAUGGUGAUGCUGCCAGUGUUGGGAAACUUGCAAGAAAGAGUUGAUUCUGUAAUUGAAUUGCCAGGCCAACUUUUACCAUCUCCAGCACUGAAACCCUGCAAAAAGUCUCCCACUGAAGCACAGUGUCAUGACAUGUUCUGCAGGCUGCACUCGGAAUGUCAGAUUGAUUACCAUUGCUGCAAUGCCUCCUGUGGAAAAGUCUGCAUGCUUCUCGAUGAAAUGGAGAAACCAGGGACAUGUCCCAAAGAGAGGUUCCAGUGUAAAUCUUGGACUGCUACCUGCCUGGGGGAUUUUGACUGCCCCAACUACCAGAAGUGCUGCCAUUUCAACUGUAAAAAAAUAUGCAUGGAUCCAUACAAAGAACCCUGCUUUCUGCCACCUAAGGAAGGGAACUGCAAAAAUUUUGAGAGGCGCUGGUAUUACAACUUUCAGACUAAUUAUUGCCAGACCUUUCAGUAUGGAGGCUGCAAUGCGAAUGCCAACAAUUUCAGUGGUGGGAUGGAGCAGGGUUUGAAGGAGCUAGAGCUUACCACAUCUGCUCUUGUUUUAGCCAAGAAGAAGCAGUGUCCACCCUUCUCCUUCAAGGAACGCAUGCAGUGUCCAAAUGCAUGUAGGAGUGACUUUGAGUGCAGCUUAACUGAAAAAUGUUGUGACACCACGUGUGGCUUUAUUUGUCUCAAAAGCUGGGAAGCCAAACCAGGUGACUGUCCUUUGAAGCCUGAAGUCUGUUUAGAGAUUCAGAAACCUCAGUGCCAAACGGAUUACGAUUGCAGACAGGAAGACAAAUGCUGCUCAAAUUGUGGGCUGCAGUGCAUGAACCCCUCACUAUGGGACUUACUGGCUGAUAUGAUGGGUUCUGGGUCUGAGAGAAAGUUGCUCAACUUCUUCAACACCGUCUUACCAAUAGCCUCUUCACUGGCUCAGUUACAGUCCAGCAAACUCUGCUGUAUUACUGAGCUUUGUUGA